CUGCAUUCCGCAUUUUAGCCAACAAAGUCACGGUGAGUUGCCCACUCGACAACCUCGCGCCCGCAACGUCAUUCGGAGGCCGACUUUUUGGAUCACCCAGAAGCAGAAGGUCGACAUCAGCAACCCCAACCCUGAAUCCUGCAGGAUCUGAAUGGACUUGCCGAUGAAAUGACCUCUGAGCAGGUCCCGCCCCCAUCGGCGGCCGCUCGCAUUCACUCACCCCGGUCCAGCCAUGACCUCGUCACUGUCGUCCUUACCACCUCACCAACACCCUCGGCACCGUCCACUGAACUGUUGUCAUCCAUCAUCGCCUCUUUCCAGAAGCAUUGCGCUCCCCUGACCAAAUGCAGAAUCAUCUUGGUCCUCGACACCUACGACCGCAUUGCUUCCGACUCGCGGCUCAAGAAAGGGACUGUUACUGCCGAGGGGGCCAAAAAGUUCGCCGAGUACAAGAAGAACGCCAAGCAACUCAUCCUCGACGAGUACUCGCGGAGCUAUGGCUGGGCUGGAAAUGCCUUCUACGACGACGAGCUCAUCAUCACCGAGGGAGAGGCGGAGUUCGGCUCAGUGGCCUAUGCGCAACAGCACAAUGCUGUGACUCUCACCAUCACCAGAAGCAAAGAUGGGCGCAUCACCUUCAUCGAGCCUCAUGCGCGGGUUGGGUUUGGUCUAGGCGUCCGCUCCGCCCUACGGCUGACCGAGACGCCCUACGUUUGGAUUCAGCAACACGACUGGGCGUUGGUUGCCGACAUUCCCUUGGCGCCACUUCUCGAGAUCAUGCAACAGUCCGAGUCUGCACCCGAGUCUCCCGAUUCCUCUGAUUCGGAAACGACAGAUGGGCAAGAGCCUCGAAGGACUUCUGACGUUCCCGUCAAAUAUGUCUGCUUCCCAUCGACCCGCAUGGUGUCCUACGCCAAGUCAGACCACGUCAUGCUCUACCCAGCGCUCCGAGCCUUGACAAACCUGUACAAGCAGAACUUUUCGGUUGGAAGCGGGAGUACGAGUGUCAAGAUCCCUCUUACGCCGCUUUUUUUCUGGCACGACAAGCCACACCUUGCCUCGACGGCACAUUACCUCUCCCAAAUCUUUCCCAGCCGCGCUGCCAUGUUGAGGGGCGCCUUCAUUGAGGACACGGCUGGCCAACGAGCGAGGACGGAGAUGAAGGACGGGAUGUGGAGGAAGUGGGCUUGCUGGCUGUACUACCCUGACGAGGGGACAAAGCUGUGUGUGCGACACCUUAAGGGGAGAACGUGGCGGGGGACGGAUGGCGAGCUUGUGCAAAGAAUGCAGUAUAUGCGACUCAAUUCAUACAACUCCUAGUCCAAUGCGCAUCUUCGGUGGUGUCCACAAGGGUCAGAAUGAAGCCAGAGGACGGGGGAUGACUGUCAUCCGUUCAUUCGUUUCCUCCCAGGCCUUCAAGCAGGCGCUUGCAAUUUUCGCCCGUGCAGAAUAUCGGCGUUUAGAAGAGCAAAAAAUAAUAACAGCCUCACAUCAAUAUCCACACAUUUUAGAUAUGCUUCACCACCUGGCACUGUCCCCCGUGGUCACUACAACACUCGUUUCGCGAUCGGUUUCCAGUCUCUGAUAUCCCUGUCAGUCGGGACCAACCAGACAACGCCGCCAUUCCAGCCAUUCCCUUCGACAUUACCCUCUGGCUCAGCCAGCUUAACACCAGCCUCCUCCACAACCUUGGCGACCUCUUUCAACCUGUCAUCGCUAAUAGGGACAUCGCCACUGCAGCCCUACGUUUAGCCCAUCAUAGUCACCAUAGAGCACGAGACAAAACCACAAGGGAUAGCAACUUACUACAUCAAACUAACAUGCGGCCCGAAUUCCUUCCUCCACCACUCCAACCACUCUUGCGUCUUGGCACCUUUCGCAUCAUCCUCCCCAUUCACUCCUCUUGCCCUCGCCAGCCCGGCAAUCUUCUUGAUUCCCUCAUCCAGCUUGACCCUUGCAUAGCACCUCCGAUAGUACGUGUCCUGAGAGCUGAUUCCCUCGAACCUCACCUGUACUUCGUCAGCGGACGGCCAGGGGAUUGAGUCGAGCCAACGCUGGGGAUCGUCGCCGUAGAGAUCCGGUGAGAUGCCGGAGCUAAGGGUCAUGUGAGGAGCAAAGAAUUCAGGAAUCAAGCGUGCGUCGGCAGCGCCAGCCUCAGAGGGAAAAUCGGAGGGGAGGUGUUGGGAGAUGAGGAAUGACAGGAUCGGGUAGAGAGGGUGGGAGGGAGGAGGGAUUAGCCAGAGGGAGGAGCCGGGCAUUUUGGGAGAGGACUACGAGAGUAUUGUAAUGGGUCGUUAGUUCCCGCUGUUGUUGAAUGUUUCGGCAAUGAAUGCGAACCUUCAGUAGCUUGCGUUCAGAUCGUGUAGACGGGUAGUGAUGAUUUGGAUAAGGAUACUCUGGAGAAGGAGGAAACACGCUGUUCGGAAUGUGACGACGACGCUUGGACUUCCACUGAUCUUGGCGAAAGUGGGAAAUCCUGGUGGUGGAGCCAGAGGAAACCCUAACCCAUGAAUUCGCGAGGAUGAUUUGUUUACGUUUGCAAUAUUACCCCUGACAAACCCC